CCAUCUGCCAACAGCCAUCUGCCAAUUUGCCAUGCUAUUGCUAAUCGAAAAAAAUUGAUCUACCAUCGUUUUGCCAAUAAUAAUAGAAUACUGUAGAUUUUAUUAGUAAUAAUAUUUGAUUUCAUUUACUGAAUCAAUCUCUAACAUUACUUUAAACAGUUAUUUUGAGUUUAAAUGUGUUAAAUUCAGUUUCUUAAUCAUUUUAUGGAGGGCAAAAGUUUAGUUUAAAACCGAAAGACAAAUAUGGAAUUGUUGCAGGGCGUCGAAAACGCUGCGUUGUCUGGGAUGGUCAACAUGGCGACGGUGCCGGGCGUGGGUGCAGGCGCGGGCGCGGGCGUGGUCAUGGCCAGCGGCGCGGCGGCGGCGCGGUGCGGCCUCGGCGCGUUCUCCGCCGGACCAGGCCUCGCACCACUCGUGUCGCCUCUUUCUGACUUCUGUACCUUUUUCGCCCCUCAGUUAUCAGUGUUCUGCUUUCUGUUUCAGGCUAGAUAUAAGUUAGGUUAUUGGUAAAGGCUUAGGCGAUGGCCGCGACGGCGCGCCCCGGCGCCUUGGCUGCUCCCCGCCGGUUUCACAAUGUUUCCUCGGUGCACCCGUGUACGACCUCCGGCAGGUGGGCGACGUGUACACAGGUAGGUGCGUGUGCGAGCAGUCUGGUGCGCGCGCGUGUGGCGGCGACCUAACGAGAGCGUGCGCAGGUCCGGGCGCCAAGUGCUCGACGCUCCCGGCUAUCCUCGGCGGCACGCUGCCGCGCUUGUCAACGGAGCAGGCGGAUGCGGUGGCCCGGGCCAAGAAGUACGCUAUGGAGCAGAGCAUCAAGAUGGUACUUAUGAAGCAGACACUGGCGCACCAGCAGCAGCAGAUGGCGACGCAGCGCACGCAGGUGCAACGGCAGCAGGCGCUAGCUCUCAUGUGCAGGGUGUAUGUGGGGUCGAUUUCAUUCGAGCUGAAGGAAGAUACAAUUAGACAAGCGUUUUUGCCAUUCGGACCCAUUAAAUCCAUUAACAUGUCAUGGGAUCCUGUGACGCAGAAACACAAAGGUUUUGCUUUCGUGGAGUAUGAAAUACCAGAAGCGGCACAACUCAGCCUCGAGCAGAUGAACGGGGUUAUGCUCGGAGGAAGGAAUAUAAAGGUUGUAGGACGUCCGUCUAAUAUGCCACAAGCACAGGCGGUAAUUGACGAAAUUCAAGAAGAAGCUAAACAAUAUAACCGUAUCUAUGUGGCUUCCAUACACCCAGAACUCACCGAGGACGAUAUAAAAAAUGUUUUCGAGGCGUUCGGACCGAUCACGUACUGUAAAUUAGCAUAUGGCGCGUCGGCGCACAAACACAAAGGAUAUGGAUUCAUAGAAUAUGCCACGCUACCCGCCGCUCUCGAGGCCAUCGCUUCCAUGAACCUAUUCGACCUUGGAGGUCAGUACUUACGUGUGGGCCGAGCCAUUACUCCUCCCAACGCACUGGCUGGUCCGCCCCAGGCGUCGGCGAUGCCCACGGCUGCCGCCGUAGCCGCCGCCGCUGCGACCGCCAAGAUUCAAGCCAUGGACGCGGUGGCCAGUAACGCAGUCGCGCUUGGCCUCACCAAGCUCAACGCGCUCGGCUUGUCACCGGCAGCCGCGCUGCCUUCACUUGCAGCCGCGCUACCUGUCGCGCUCCCGGCCGCAUUGCCAGCUGCACUUCCAGCCGCGCUUCCUGCCGUCCUGCCAGGUGCCAUACCAGCGGCACUGCCAGGAGCAUUGCCCGUGGCGAUCCCGGCAGCCUUACCGGGUGCGUUACCCACGACCCUGGCAGGCGGCGUGAGUGCGGCGCUGCCGGCUCAAGUCAUCCCACCGCCUGGUGUAGUGAUACCGCCACCACCACGGGCACGGGGCCCGACAGCGGCGGAAACUGCAGCAGCGGCUGAAGGUGGCGUUCAGCAAGCGGCGCUACAACGUAAAUUACUCGAUAGCUCGCCAGAUACGCUGCAGCAGCAAGAGUCGCUGUCAAUAUCCGGUCAGUCCGCGCGUCACCUCGUCAUGCAGCGCUUGAUGCGGCGUCGCGCUUCUCGCACGGUGCUUCUGUGCAAUAUGGUGUCAGCCGAGGAGGUGGAUGAGGCAUUGCAUCACGAGAUUCAGGAGGAGUGCUCGAAAUGGGGUCGAGUGGAUCGACUCGUGAUAUACAACGAGAGGCAAAACGAGGACGAUGACCCCGCACACGCCAACGUCAAGAUUUUUGUACAAUUCGCCGAGCCUGAAGAGGCGGGCGCGGCAGCGGGCGCGCUGGACGGGCGCUACUUCGGCGGCCGAACGGUGCGCGCCGCGCUCUACGACCAGGACCUCUUCGACCACGGAGACCUCUCGGGGUAGACUUCACAUCGCAACGUCUCGCCUCACAUUCUUACUUUUAAUAUAUCGAUACGCCCCUC